AUGGGAGGCAUGGACACAUGGACUGCACAACGACGUCAGGCCAAUGACAACGGCAACCAGCCUCCAACAAAGAUGAGAGCACUUUCUACGGGAGAAGAUGCCGAGACUGUGCGCAAAGCCUUAUUGCUUGUCUCCAAAAUGACGCUGCGACAGGAGCUUGAGAUCAGAGAGCUUCAAAGUGCUGUCUUCAAAACCUUUGUAGUGCGUGAGCCCAAUCCCAUUGUCAGCACAGUGAAGGCAGAGGUUGGAAGCUACUUGGAGAAGGCCAAAAUGGCGCGAUCGUCCGGAGGCUCACUGCCAGAGGGCGAGGUUCAUGCAUAUGCGUGGGCAGCUCUUACACAGGUUGCUGUUCAGCAAGAGACGUUGGAUGGUACAUCUAAGGCAGUGAUAGAUUCCCACCGUGCGGCCACGACAUCGCCAGACAUGAUUGCGGACGUUGUGUACAUCGCCAAGUUGAAGAAAGCGUUCAACAAAGGUGAGUUCAAGUUGUUCCUGGCGGUAAGCCCUGCUCAUCAUGGUCUGCUCGAGGCUGUGUCGGCAGGAGUUGUUGCGACAGGAGCUGUUGAGAAGAAGGGUCAAGCACCUGCAAGCGGCAUGUCUCGUGAAUUGCAGGCGUUGGUUGGCAAACUCACCGAAAUCGGUAGCAAGUGA